UCUCUCUCUCUCUCACUCUCACUCUCACUCUCAUCAUGAUGAUCAUAAUGAGGAUGAAGGGUGUGGUAAUUCUUGCUGGUGCAGCAUUAUAUGUUGUACUAGUGUGCAGUAGAAUUAAUGGUGAGAGGGGGUGCAAUGUGUAUGAAGGGGAGUGGGUGUAUGAUGAUGAUCACCACACUUACCCUCUCUUCAACUCAACCGCAUGUCCUUUCAUCAGGAAGGAAUUUGACUGCAUCAAGUAUGGCAGAUCUGAUCAUCACUACCUCCACUACAGAUGGCAACCCAACGCCUGUGAUUUACCCAAAUUUGACGGAGUCAAGUUUAUGAGAAAACUCAAGGGGAAGAAAAUCAUGUUUGUAGGAGACUCCAUUACCCUAAAUCAAUGGCAGUCUCUUACAUGUCUUCUCUACACAGCCUCGUAUGGAUCGAAUGUCACUCACCACGCCAAUGACUUAAUCUCCACACUCACAUUUCAGGACUAUGGAAUUUCAGUUACAUACUUCAAUUCGCAUUAUUUAGUAGACAUUGAAAUGGAAGAGUUUGGUCGAGUUUUAAAGCUGGACUCUCUCAAGAGCGGAGAAAUAUGGAAGGGAUUCGACGUUUUAGUCUUCAACACUUGGCUUUGGUGGCACCGUAGAGGAAUUAAGCAACCGUGGGAUUAUAUUGAAGAUGAAGGAAUAGUAGUGGAGGACAUGGAUCGUACGGUUGCUUUUACCAAAGCUUUGAUGAGAUGGGCAAAAUGGGUGGAAUCAGACGUAGAUCCUUAUAAAACCAAAGUUUUCUUCACGGGAGUCUCUCCCGCCCACUACAGAGGCGAGGAAUGGAAUGAACCGGGAGUGAGGGAUUGCUCGAAUCAAACAAGGCCUAUGACAGGGUCGAGCUACCCUGCUGGCGAGCCCUUGGCAUCAAAAAUUUUGAAAGACGUUCUGAGUAGCAACACAACAUCAGUUCAUUUGUUGGACAUCACGACUCUUUCCUAAUUGAGAAAGGACGGGCACCCCGGCACACACA